AUGUCUGCACCAUCAAUCAAUGGCCCUGGAAAGGGAUGGAAGAAGAUAGUCGGGCCACCGUCUGCAUCAACUACGACCCCUACUGGCACAAAUCCUUCUCAACAACGUCGCGAAACCCUUCAUGGGGAGCCUUCGUCGCCCGAUACAUUGCACCGCGCAUUAACCAUCUCAGACUUCGGCUACAACAUCUAUCAGGUUCAAAGUUAUGCUCGGAAGCCUGUCGCGCUCAACCCACGUCCUCGAGUACCAGCAAGAAGCACUCCUGCCGUCACUUCUGCUCAGCAAUUGCCCGCAGUAGCUCCUGCGGUUCCCCUCGUUAAUGUCACCUUGGAGGAGGUCGAAGAGCUUCGAGAUCGCUUGUUCAAACUCACUAGCGACUAUCAACGACUCUACGGGGUCUUUAUGCCAAACGGAGAAGAUAGUCCCAAUGCUGCUCGAUGGCAAUCUAUCGACAUCGAUCUGCCAUUCCUCUUCACUGUUCGUCAACGGGUUGUCAAUCUAGUAACCGCGAUUCAGAGGAUUGUGAACGGCGAAGAAAUCGAAAAUGACCGGGCAUUCCUUGCAUCCCAGCGAAACUUCUAUAACAGCUUGGUGGCGGUUGUGGCUUCGGCCAUUGAAAGAUUGACCUGGUUGAGAAGAGACCUGGAGGGUCCCAACGGCUACGCGUAUCAGUAUCGUAGCUGGUACUUCCAGGUCAUUGGGAACAAUCGACUGAGCACCGAUACCUCGGCUGCAGAGGGGAAGGAGAAGAAGAAGAGUGAGAGCGGCAAGCUCAACAAGGAUGCUGGCAAGGCCAACGAUGAUGAGAAGUUGGUGUCUCCGUCGUUGGGUUCUGAGGAUGGAGAGGAAAGACCAGAGAAGCGAGUUAGGAUGUAG